AUGCUUGCAGCCAAUAGGGCCGUUGCGGAGUUUUUGGCUAGACGUUUACCUAACCUGGCUUUUCUACGUCGGCAUCCGGCGCCAUCUGGUAAGCAACUGAAUGACGCCAAGAAAUUGAUUGCAGCUUCUGGACUCAACCUUAUCGUUGAGACAGCCGGCACCAUACAGGUAAGUUAA